UUUCAGGCAACUUCUGACAAUAUAUUACCGGCUAAUUUAAAUAAUAAACAAAUUUGCGACGAAAUUAUUCGAAAGUGUUCACCAUCUCGUCGCCUGGAAUCACGAGAACUUUCAAAAAUACUUAUUCAACCGCAUAUUAGGGAGUUAUUACGUGCUCAUGAUGAAAUAGGACAAAUCUAUGAACAUAUAUACGAAUCUGGAAAGAAAAAUUCAAAUAAGUUUCAAAUAUUAGCCUCUCAUAAAAAGUGUUAUCUUUUCCCUUGUGAAGUACUUUCCAAUAAAAUGCCAAUAGAAGCGAUAAGAGUAGUGGGCCUUCGCCGUGUUGAAAAUAAGCCUUUGGGAUUCACAGUUGAAAUUAAUUCACAAAACUUUUUGUCGGUGGCACGUAUACUUUCAGGAGGAAUUAUUGAUAAGCAAGGUCUCUUGAAUACAGGUGAUGUAAUACUAGAAAUUAAUGGAAUUCCGGUUAGUACACCCGAAGCUUUGCAAACAGAAGUUUCACGUUCUAAAAGAGAUCUAACACUAAAAAUUGCACCAUAUGUAGAUGAUGAGGAUGCAGCAAAACGUGUCGUUAAUUAUCACUCAUGUGAUAAUCCAGGAAAAAAAUUGACAUUAUUAUGUCACAGCAAAUUAGCAAAAACCAUAUGUGAAACCUGACCAACCAGCCAAAUCAACAGCACAGUUGAUCAUCUAUGACGCCAAAGUAAUGCUCUGUAUUUGCUGGAAUCAGAAGGGCGUGUUGUAUUGUAAGUUUCUAAAACCGAGGAGUUAAAUGCUACCUAUAACAAUUCAUCAAAUUGAAGCAAGCGAUUUCCGAAAAGCGCCCAGAAUUUGCGACUAGACGCGAGGCAAUAAUUUUCCAUCAUGGCAAGGCUCGGCCUCAUUUCGGUUAAAAACUAUUUAGUUGGAAAACAGCGGCUGGGAAGUUUUGCCUCACCGGCCUUAUAGCCGAGAACUUGCUCCUUCUAAGUACUUUUUGUUCCAAUCGAUACAGAAAGGCUUUGUGCAUUCGUGAACGAAUUUUUUUUUUGUAGAGAAUUAUGGCUGUAUUAUUGACAUACGUAUCGUAACUCUAACUAUAAACGAUGAUACUAAAUUUAUUUGGAAACUACUAUCUUUUUAACUUUUUGAAUGGAAAUUGAUUCUUCUGUUUUUUCUAGAUUAUCUGCAUUUUUCUUAAUUUGUGAGGUGUAUAAAUAAGCGUUCCGCGGCAUAUUAAAACUGUAUGUUAACUUCA